GGCGGUUACGGACACUGGGAUUGGGCGGAGCCGGUGGACGGAGCUGGUGCAAUGGCCGCGGCCGGCGGUCUGGUCCAGUACGUGGUGGUGCGCGGCGACCUGCGUACCCGGGGGUGGACGCUUGGAGCCCUCGUGGCCCAGGCCUGUCAUGGCAGCGUGGCCGCUAUCCAGCUGUCCUGUGAUCACCCCGACACACAGGCCUACCUGCAGCAGCUCGACAGCAUGGCCACCGUGGUCCUGGAGGCCCCUGAUGAGGAGACUCUCACCAGCCUCUCCCAAAUGCUGACCGAGGCUGCAGUUGUUCAUAAACUGUGGAUUGAACAGCCGGAGAACACUGCCACUUGUCUGGCCCUGAAACCCUACCCAAAGGAACAGGUCCAGAAGCUGCUAAAGAAACUAAAGCUGCUGAAAUGACCAUGGAGGAGAGAUCAUUAUACUCUGUCUCAUCAUAGCUCCCUUGGUGCCUUGUGAAACUGACUGUACUUCUGAUAAUAAGCAUCACUUCAGAAACUUGGGUUUUCCAAGUAGAUCAAGGGAGAAUCAUUUUCUUGCAGGCGUUCAUAGUAAAUAUUCUGAAGAACAAUAGAAUGAAUGAAAGACCGCACACAAAGACAAACAACCAAUAUAAGAAUGUAGAAACGAAUAAACCAAAUAAUGAUGAAUAAACAAGUAUUAAACAUUGAGAACAAAUCCUUGAAAU